AUUAUCGUUUCUUUAGUCAUAGUCAAUACAAAAAUAACAAACCCUUUCCCUUCUUUCCCGAAUCUUGAAUUAAACAACUCUUCCUUCCCCACUCAAUCAAAAAUACCCAAUUACCUUCUUCUUCUUCUUCUUCUUCUUCUUUAAAGGUAACAACCGUUCUUCUUUCUCUUUUAGUUUACACCUAUUCAUCCAUUCUCUAAACUUUCUUCUGUUUCAAAUUAGGGUUUUAUUAUUGCCUUUACUUACGGGAAAGAUGAGGAAUUAAGGCUUUCUGUCUACUUUUUUUCAUCUUUUCCAUCAAAAUAUUCUUCUUUUUUAAUUCUCAGUUUCAUUUCUAGCUCAAUUCUGAUUUAUUCUAUCAAAAUCUAUGUCUGUAUUAUUGUAACAUUGGUAGUAGUUAGGGUUUGAGGCUUUAGGUCAAAGCCUUAACUUUUUUAUUUUUUAUUGGAUUUUUUUAAUUCAAUUCAUCUCAAGUCAAAAAUGUCUUCUGCUGGUGUUACAACUCUUAGCCCUGUUUCAAGGGAGACAUUGUUGUUUCCAAAUGGAUUCUGUAAUCCACUCCACUUGUCUAUGGAUCACGACUUUAUUUUCGUGUAUCUUUCUUAUUCGGGGUCGUUGUCUCCGUUGCGUGUUUUACCCUCGGAUACGAUUGAAUCGGUGAAACUCAAAAUCCAAAGGAACGAGGGUGUUCCUUCGUUGACGAACAAACAGAAGUUGGUUUGUAAUGGUCGUGAGUUAUCGCGUAGUAAUUCAUUGCUUAAGGAUUAUGGGGUUACAGAAGGGAAUGUGUUGCAUUUGGUGAUAAGACUUACUGAUCUUCAGACUAUCAGUGUGAGAACUUGUUCUGGGAAGGAGUUUACCUUUCAGGUUGAGAGGUGUAGGGAUGUUGGGUAUGUUAAGCAACAGAUUGCGAAAAAGGAGAAACAGUUUGCUGAUCCUGAACAGCAGGAAGUUGUGUGUAAUGGUGAACUGCUUGAUGAUCAGAAGCUAAUUGAUGAUGUCUGUAGCAAAUAUAAUGAUGCAGUGUUACAUCUUUUUGUUAGAACGAAAUAUGCGGAUGUUGAGGCAGGACUGGAUGAGUUGUCCAUUGCAGCUAAGGAAUUGAAUGCUACAAAGAGUUAUGAUGCUAAUGAAACUUCUGAAAGGGAUUAUGUGAGGAAAUAUGAUGUUAGUAAAGAAGAUGCGAAGAGGGAGUAUGAAGCAAUUGAGCGAAUUAUAUCGAGAAAAGCUCUUGAUAGAGGUCUUCUUUUGGAGCCAGUUAUUGUUAACCCUAAAGUUGAAUUAGCUUCGGAUGUUUGGGAUAUGAUAAACUCUACAUGUGAUGGGCUAGAGAGUGGAAAUUCUCCAAUCAGAUCUGCAGAGGGCACAGGAGGGGCCUACUUUAUGCUAGAUUCUACAGGGCAAAAGUAUGUAUCUGUUUUUAAGCCUAUUGAUGAAGAACCAAUGGCUAUGAAUAACCCUAGAGGUUUACCUUUGUCAUCAGAUGGCGAGGGCUUAAAAAAGGGUACAAGAGUUGGCCAAGGAGCUUUCAGGGAAGUUGCUGCUUAUAUUUUGGACCAUCCAAUGAGUGGCCGUCGAUCAUUAUUUGGUGACGAGAAGGGUUUUUCUGGGGUUCCCCCGACUGUUAUGACAAAGUGCUUGCAUAAAGGAUUUAAUCAUCCAGGGGCUUUGACUGCUAAGAUCGGUUCCUUGCAAAUGUUUGUGGAGAACAAUGGAAGUUGUGAGGAUAUGGGACCUGGUGCUUUCCCUGUGAAGGAAGUGCAUAAAAUUACUGUGCUGGACAUAAGACUGGCUAAUGCAGAUCGGCAUGCUGGGAAUAUUUUGCUUGGCAGAGAGAAGGAAAAUGACCAGGCUGUUUUGAUUCCAAUUGAUCAUGGAUACUGCCUCCCCACUAGUUUUGAAGAUUGUACCUUUGAAUGGCUUUAUUGGCCUCAAGCUCGCCAGCCAUACUCCCAAGAGACCGUUGACUACAUAAUGUCCCUGGACGCUGAAGAAGAUAUUGCCCUUCUGAAGUUUCAUGGAUGGGAUCUGCCGCUCGAAUGCACCCGCACUCUCCGAAUCUCAACCAUGCUUCUGAAAAAAGGAGUGGAUAGAGGGAUGACCCCUUUUUCCAUUGGGAGCCUUAUGUGCCGCGAAUCCUUGCACAAGGAGUCUGUGAUUGAAGGAAUUGUAAAAGCAGCACUGGAUUCUGUUCUCCCAGGUACUAGUGAAGCUACUUUUAUGGAGUCUGUUUCCGACAUUAUGGACCAGCACCUUGAUGAGAUCACCAGCAGUUUUAAUUCUUAGUUGAAGUUGAAUUCUGCAUUAGAAUUUGGUAUGUGUAUGUGUACAUGUAUUCUAGUACAUAACUAUAGCUAAUGAUUGUUUUUUUUUCGUUGAACAUAUAAUGGGUAACGAUUCCCUAGGUCUUAACUCAUUCUUUCCUCAAAUUUACCUUAUAUUUACCUCUAUAUUAUGAAUCCAGUAAUGUUAAGAGGUAGCAUUUUCUGUUUGCACUUCAAA